UCUACCAUACAGUCUUAACUCUUAAGCCCCAGACAAAUCACACACAUGUCAACAAUGAACCCUCUCAUAAAUCUCCAAGACAAACUGUGCUAUGUCAAAUGUGGCUACUGCAACACCAUUUUACUUGUUAGUGUGCCGCGGAGCAGUCUAUGCACGGCGGUAGUGACGGUGAGGUGCGGCCACUGUGCAGCCAUUCUUUCCGUCAACAUGAUGAUCAGAACUUGCUUCCAGCUUCCCUUACAUAUAUUUGCUUCUCUUGAUCAUCAUCACCAUGAGUUUGCGAAAGAAGGUGAAGCUGAUGAAGAAAAAGGAGAUGCUUCUAAUCCUACAAACAUGAAGAAAAAGUGCUCCUUUUUGGACGACGUCAACAACGACGACGAUGAUAUGACUGAUGAUGAUAUAAAGAUUGCUGUCACUAAACCUCCCGAGAAGAGGCAACGAGCACCGUCAGCAUACAAUUGCUUCAUCAAGGAAGAGAUAAAGAGACUGAAGGGUUCAAAUCCUUGCAUGAGUCACAAGCAAGCCUUCAGCGCUGCAUCCAAAAAUUGGGCCCAUCUAAAACCAAGUCAACACCAGAACAGCGAAGGGGGAAGCCGUAGAGGUCAGCAUUCAGAUAUACACAUGUAAUCCAGUUGUGGGCCUGGGCCUGGAAAUACUGGAUCGGGAAACUGAGCAGGUCCAAUUACAGCUACGUGCAGAUCACAAGUCGUUGCUGCUUUCUAUUAUUCUAUAUAUCAAAUUUAAGCUUUAUGGGAUCAGUGAAAGCGGGCAUCAAAUUCAUAUCUCAUUCUGGAAAUGAUGCAUGUCUUAUUCAAUACAUACAUAUAUAUGGCUUUAUGCUACGUACGUACGUCGGUAUUCUAAAAACAGAAAUGAGACAUUUUUUUUUCU